UGGUAGAGCACAAAAUCCUGAUUUUAGCUCACAACCGUCCUAGAACUGAAGCAUUAAGUAUUGGCAAUCAUCUUAUCAAACCUGCUUUGUGAUAAUGCUUCAUAGCAACACCAUUUCUUGAAUACUGUAUGUAAAUAAAAGCACAGGAUUUCACUUUAUUUUAUAAAGCAGUAUAGUGCUGUGGAACUGCAAUUAUUUUCUAAUUACGUGCUCUGUGACUUUACUAAGAUCAUCUAAUUUCUUUAUGUUCAAGGACUAUCUAUCUCUCACUCAGUCUAUGUAGGUUUCAAGAGCUUAAAUCUCUUGAAAGCUGUUCUGAAAUAGCAUUCAGUGAUUUCUUGUGGGACUUCACACUGAAGAUGUUGAAGAGUUUCCACAGACUGCCUCUUCAAACAAAGUAAUCAUCUGUAGGUUCUUUCUUUGAUUCCUUCAUUUAUUCUACCAAUGGUUUUUGAAUGCAUGCCACAUGCUCUUGUGGGCUUUGGGGAAAUAACCAAGAGCAAAAGCUGACCAGCCCCUGCCUGUGAGGAGCUUUUCAGGGAGGUGGAACAGGUUAAGGAACAAGGCUCUUCAGCCUAUGCCCGCUUUGGUUCCCAGCCCCAUCACACACUGAUGGAACUAGUAACUGUGUCCACAUAGUUUCAGGGUUGAUGCAUGGGAAGAAGUAUUUGUAUAUCACCAAAGAAAAGGAUGAGUAUUAAGGAAUGAAAGAUGAAGUAAAUUGGAUGAAUUCAAGAGGAGCAGGUCUACCUAAUUAGGAAAAAUGCUUCCUUGUGCACGAGAGUUUACUGUUGUUUAAAGCUAAUAGGAAUCAUUAGUGAUAAGAAUAUGUGUUUUUCAGACAUAGGUUACCAUACAAAUGACUUACCGUCCUACAAAAACUUUGAGAGAUUAAUAUUAAAUUAUUUUCCCUCUUUUUCAUGUAUUUUAUGGGGUACAUGGGGCCGAAGUCAUGUUCCAGAAGCAAUACUAGUUGCAGAUUGCGCUUCACCAAGAAAUCCGUAGCCUGACCCUGAAAAGAGCGGAGCUCUGUCCAGCUGACUUGGGCAAGUAUUGUCCUUGCUGCUAAUUUGCCACCACCUGUUGGCUGUGUGGAAAACGUUCCUUACUGUAUUGUUUUGCACACGGAGAACAGCGAUCAAGAGGGCAACAGAGGCUGAUGAGAGCAGAGACUUCAGGAAGAUCGUUUUCCCAUCCUCCCUCAGGACGUUCUCUCUAGCCGGAGUUCUGGACUGUGGCAGAACCCUACGCAGUUUGGUUUAACUGCCUGUUUUUUGUUGUUUUUUUUUAAAUUUCUUUUUCUUUUCCCCACCACAUUGUAUUUUAUUUCUGUAUUUCAGAAAUGGGCCUACAGACCACAAAGUGGCCCAGCCAUGGGGCUUUUUUCUUGAAAUCUUGGCUUCUCAUUUGCCUGGGGCUCUAUUCAGAAGUGUCCAAACUCCUGGCCUGCCCUAGCGUGUGCCGCUGUGACAGGAACUUUGUCUACUGUAACGAGAGAAGCUUGACCUCAGUGCCUCUUGGGAUCCCGGAGGGCGUAACCGUACUCUACCUCCACAACAACCAAAUUAAUAAUGCCGGAUUUCCUGCGGAGCUGCACAGCGUCCAGUCCGUGCACACGGUCUUCCUUUAUGGCAACCAGCUGGACGAAUUCCCCAUGAACCUUCCCAAGAACGUCAGAGUCCUCCAUCUGCAGGAAAACAACAUUCAGACCAUUUCCCGAGCUGCACUUGCCCAGCUCCUGAAGCUUGAAGAGCUACAUCUGGAUGACAAUUCUAUCUCCACAGUAGGGGUGGAAGACGGGGCCUUCCGGGAAGCUGUAAGUCUCAAAUUGUUGUUUCUGUCCAAGAACCACCUGAGCAGUGUGCCUGUCGGGCUUCCUGUGGACUUACAGGAACUCAGAGUGGAUGAAAACCGAAUUGCUGUCAUAUCAGACAUGGCCUUUCAGAACCUCACAAGCUUGGAGCGCCUGAUUGUGGACGGGAACCUCCUGACCAACAAGGGCAUUGCUGAAGGAACCUUCAGCCAUCUCACCAAGCUGAAGGAAUUUUCAAUAGUCCGAAACUCGCUCUCCCACCCUCCUCCUGAUCUUCCAGGUACGAAUCUGAUCAGGCUCUGUUUGCAGGACAACCAGAUAAACCACAUCCCUUUGACGGCCUUCUCAAACCUCCGUAAGCUGGAACGGCUGGAUAUAUCCAACAACCAGCUGCGAAUGUUGACUCAAGGGGUCUUCGAUAACCUCUCCAACCUGAAGCAGCUCACUGCUCGGAAUAACCCUUGGUUUUGUGACUGCAGUAUUAAAUGGGUCACAGAAUGGCUCAAGUACAUCCCUUCAUCUCUCAAUGUGCGGGGUUUCAUGUGCCAAGGUCCUGAACAAGUCAGGGGGAUGGCUGUCAGGGAGUUGAAUAUGAACCUUCUGUCAUGUCCCACCACAACCCCGGGCCUGCCUCUCCUCACCCCGGCCCCGAGUACGAUUUCCCCAAUGACUCAGCCUCCUACGCUCUCUGUUCCAACCCAGAGCAGAAGCUACACGCCUCCAGCUCCUACCACGUCCAGACUCCCCACCAUUCCUGACUGGGAUGGCAGAGAAAGAGUGACUCCGCCCAUUUCUGAACGGAUCCAGCUCUCAAUCCACUUUGUGAAUGACACUUCCAUUCAAGUCAGCUGGCUCUCUCUCUUUACUGUGAUGGCGUACAAACUCACAUGGGUGAAAAUGGGCCACAGUCUGGUAGGGGGGAUCGUUCAGGAACGCAUUGUCAGUGGUGAGAAGCAACACCUGAGCCUGUUUAAUUUAGAGCCCAAAUCCACCUAUCGGAUUUGUUUAGUGCCACUGGAUGCUUUUAACUACCGUGCCAUGGAAGACACCAUCUGUUCUGAGGCCACCACCCACGCCUCCUAUUUGAACAAUGGCAGCAACACUGCUUCUAGCCAUGAGCAGACGACGUCCCACAGCAUGGGCUCCCCUUUUCUGCUGGCGGGCUUGAUUGGGGGCGCGGUGAUCUUUGUGCUCGUGGUCUUGCUCAGCAUCUUUUGCUGGCACAUGCACAAAAAGGGGCGCUACACCUCCCAGAAGUGGAAAUACAAUCGGGGCAGGCGGAAAGAUGACUAUUGUGAAGCAGGUACCAAGAAGGACAACUCCAUCCUGGAGAUGACAGAAACAAGUUUUCAGAUUGUCUCCUUAAAUAACGAUCAGCUCCUUAAAGGAGAUUUCAGACUGCAGCCCAUUUACACCCCGAAUGGGGGCAUUAAUUACACAGACUGCCAUAUUCCCAACAACAUGCGAUACUGCAACAGCAGCGUGCCAGACCUGGAGCACUGCCAUACGUAACAGCCAGACCCCCGGCGUCAGCAAGGCAGACCACCGAACUCUCGGGAACGCGCAUGUGUGUGCACACAAAGACACGCGAAUUACAUUUGAUAAAUGUUACACAGAUGCAUUUGUGCAUUUGAAUACUCUGUAAUUUAUACGGUGUACUAUAUAAUGGGAUUUAAAAAAGUGCUAUCUUUUCUAUUUCAAGUUAAUUACAAACAGUUUUGUAACUCUUUGCUUUUUAAAUCUUAAAAAAAAUAGUUGCUGAAGUACUGUACAGGGUUGUACAAUGCGAACCCAACGCCAAGGCAAAAGAAUGAGUGAUUCUUCCUUAUGAUGCACAUUAACCACUUUGCUGUUGGCACUGUCAGAAUAAAUUUCCUUUCUUAGAGCUGAGGAUCAGGUGAAAGGGCAGAAUCAGAUGGACUUGUUAGGGUAAGAAUAAUAUGGGUAAAGCAAAAAAAAAAAAAAAAA